CCGAUAUAUUACUUAAACUAAUCUCUAUAAUUAAAAUCGAAACAUCGUGCGCCUCCAAUUUCAAACCCACGCUUUAAAUCCUUUCGUUGAAAAAGCUCCGUCGAAAACUUAUAUCGUUUUCUGUUUGGUUGGAAAGAAAACAAGAAAGAAAAACGAAAAAAAAAAGAAAGAGCUGAAAGGAAAUGGAAAACAGCAACGGUAUCAUAUCGCGUGAGAAGCUGGAUCAGGUGGCGAAUUGGGUGAGUGCCACGGUGUCUUCCGCUUUCUUCUCUUCCUUGGAACGUUGUUCCUGUGUCAACCUCACCACCACCGACCCUGACGACGACGACGACGAGGAGGCCAAUGAUCGUCCUCUCACCUCCACCACCACCACCACCACCACAACCACAACCACCACCACCGAUCACGCUCCCCCUCAUGACGUCGUCAAGCUUCCCGUUUGAGUAAAUCUCUAACCUGUUUCCGGUAUUUUUUUUAACGGUUUUACACUUUCAAUUCCGUCGCAUUGUAAAGAGCCUGUAGUUAUUUUGAUUAUGUUAUGCAAAAACUAGGGUUUAUGGAAACAGCUUAUUAUGUUUUUUUUUUUUUUUUUAUUCGGUGGGAAUUUGUUUUGUUUGUAAAGUCGGGGAUUAUCAACAAGUUAGUGUGUUGGUGAAGAUUAUUAUAUUAGCUAUAUUUUGAAAUAAGUUGUUUCUUUAGUUGAUUAAUUUCUUUA